GCUCCUGCUCAUCAGGCAACGGCUAUUCGCCAGCCCAUCACAAAGCUCAACCUUCGUUGGUCACAGUUGUAUGCUGCAUUAUGUGACAAGGAGAACAAGGUGGAACGUAUGUUGCUACAAAUGGGACGAUUGUCGGAGGCUGCUGAUCAGUUGAUAGCUUGGAUGAGGAAGACGCGUGCUACUCUGGAUGAGCUAUCGGUCGCUGCGCCAACACUUCGCCAACUGGAAAUCCAAAGAUGCCAGCUGACUGUUGUUUCAAAUGAUGUGCAUGCCCAUGAGGGCAGCGUUGCGACUUUGAAUGCUGCUGCUCAACGACUAAUGCGUGAUGAUCAUAAUGCUGAUGCUUUGGAGAAAAUGAAUCAGAUGAAUAGGGAGUGGGAGGAGCUCAAUGAUGUUUUGCAGAAGUUGAUCCUACAGAUGGAAAGAGCGAAGACGGAAGCUGAAAAAGUGGGGCGUGAAGCUGAGCAAUGGAUGGUGUGGUUGGAAGAUGUUGAGUCUCAACUAGCAACUACUAAACCUACAGGAGGCCUUCCAGAGACAGCGGAAAUUCAGCUUGACGAUUUUAAAGUAUUGCGCUCAGAGGAGCUUUGUGCUGAUCGUGAAAAGAAGUUGGAACUUGCGCUAGAAGAAGCAAUAGCUUUGGACACAUCUAUGCGAGACACAGCUGAAUGGCUGACUGGAGCGGAACAGCGCUUGGCAGGACUAGAGCCAGUUAGUCGUCUAUUGGAUGUUUUGGAAACACAGGUUGCAGACAAUGAGAAAUGGACCGAUGAAGUUGCCAUGAGGUAA